AUGUCUUCCACCGACGCUGCUACCAGCGCUGUCCCUGUCAAUACUGACCCCGCUCCUCAGACACAGGUGACACUGGGUGGUAAAGUCCUGGCAAUCACCGGUGCCAACCGCGGUAUUGGCCUGGGUAUCGCCGAAUGCUGCCUCGACAACGGUGCAGCCAAGGUUUACUCCAUCGACAUCGGCGAGCCCGGCGACGAGUUCGCUGCUUUGAGCAGCAAGUAUCCCGGCCGUGUUUUCGCUUUGACGGCCGAUGUCACCAAAGAAGAUAGCAUCACCACUGCUGUGGACAAGAUUGUCGCCGAGGCCGGCGCUAUUCAUGGCAUCGUCGUGAAUGCCGGAAGGACCAACCACAAGUCUGCGCUCGACUUCACUGAAGAGGAGAUUCAUGCUCUAUUCAAUGUCAACCUAUUCGGUGCUUUUUUCACAGCCAGAGCCGCUGCGCGAGCCUUUAUCAAGCUCGGGAUCAAAGGAUCCGUCGUGUUCACUGCCUCGAUGGCUUCAUACCGUCCCAACAAGCGUGUCCCCUCUACCCCUUACGGUGCCUCCAAGGCUGGCGUACGCAACAUGACCCAUACCCUGGCCAUGGAAUGGGCCAAAUACGGCAUCCGAGUGAACAGUGUAUCGCCUGGUCUGGUCAAGACAGCCAUGACCUACUGGGUCCCACAACAGCCCGACUGGGAGCAACAAUUGAAGUACUACGGAGGUAUUCCCCGCCUGGCCGAGGUGCAGGAACUGGGUGGUGCAUACGUGUACUUGCUUAGUGAUGCUGCGAGCUACACAACGAGUAUUGACAUUCCCGUGAAUGGAGUCAUUGGA